AUGGAUGAAUAUUUUAUCAUUAAAAGUUUACAUGAAGCUGCCAAAUGGGGCAACUUGGAUAAAAUUAAAACGUUAUUGAGUAAUAAUCUAUCCUUGAAACAAAGAAUAGAUAAUCCUGAUGAUAAUGGCUGGACAGCGUUGAUGUUUGCUGCCAAAAAUAACCAUGGUGAUGUCAUUGAAUUCCUCUUGGAAAAUGGAGCUGAACCAUUACUUAUCAAUCAAGCUGGCGAAACUGCAGAGGACAUUGCUGGCCAAUAUAAGAAUUUAGAAAUUUGCAUUGCUAUUCGAACCUGCAAUAAAUCCAAAGCCAAAAAUGAUAGCAUUAAUUUCUUCAGCCAUGAACCUUUACAACGUUGCGCGGAACGUCGCAACGAUAAAGAAUGGCUGGAAUGUACUAUGAAAACAUCGGAUGCUAAAUUUAUUCUUUAUAACAAUCUUCAACCACUUGUAAAGGAAAACAACGAUAAAACUAUCAGCAUUUAUAGAUUGCUCUAUUCUGAUGUGGAAGACUUUAUUGCUUGUGGAGCGCUCGUUAUUUUACUAGGAUCAGAAAAAUUAAUCGAAGAAAAUGAAACAGGAAAUAAUAUUUGGUUUGGCGUUAAUAUAUCACAUAUUGGAUGCGGAGAUUUGACAACUAGAUUUUCCGGAUGUAAGUGGUUAUCGAAAGCUCUGCCAAAGCAAUUAAUGCUAGUUGCCACGGAUGCUACAAUUAUUGGUCAAGGGCGUUCCAUCUUUUGUUGGCAUCGAUAUAACAGAUUUUGUUCAAUCUGUGGCUCCAGUACCCGCUUUAAAGAAGCAGGAUACAAAUUAAUAUGUAGUAAUGAGCAUUGUGAGAGCCAUAAUGGUGUCCACAAUGUUUCAUACCCUCGAGUUGAUCCUGUGGUGAUUAUGUUGGUCAUUUCCUCGGACCACAACUAUUGCUUACUCGGAAGAAAGAUUGGAUUUCCUGAUAGAAUGUGGUCGUGCCUAGCUGGCUUUAUGGAACCUGGAGAAACAAUUGAUGAUGCUGUAAAAAGGGAAGUCUAUGAAGAAAGUGGUGUCAUUAUCGAUAGUGUUCGAUAUCUAUCGAGCCAACCAUGGCCAUUCCCGUCUUCAUUGAUGAUUGGUUGCAUAGCUGUAGCUGCUACUAGACCUGAUAAUACAAAUCUAAAGAUUGAUCGUAAGGAGUUGGAGGAUGCUCGAUGGUUUACAAAAGAACAAGCUAAUAUGGCCUUGUUCCCAAGGCAUUACAAAUUCGUUAGCGAUAGGAUUAUUCUCCCACCUUCACAAGCUAUUGCCCACAAAAUUAUCAAGAAUUGGCUUAGAAUCAAGCCGAAUUUGUAA